UUUAUAAACACUUCGUAACUUUUAGAAGAAUCGUGAUGCUGCACAAAGCGCGAAGUUAUAAACUAAUCCGGAACGAAGAGUAAGCAGGUAGUAGGAGUUACACGGGAUCAAAUUUGAUUGGACAACUUCCUGUUUUCAAAACACGUGUGAGAGUUUAUGUCUGUUGAUAGACUUGUGCCGCACUCUCCAGAGUCUCCACUAAAUACAAACGUAAUGGAGAAGAAACGUGCGAAAAAAGAUUCAGGAGAGUCGGAAACACAACAAAAGAAAAUGAAAAUGAUGACACUGGAUGAAAAUGACACUGAGUUUAAUGGGACUGUUUUUAAAUCCAUGCUGAAAGAUCCAACCAAGGCUUUGAAAGGUUUGGGAAAGUUUGUGUCAGUAGCGACGAAACUACCGAUUGCGGACCUCUACGAUGUUGUUGAGGGUUAUAUUAAGAUAUCCAUGGAGUGCGCUGAGAUUUUCAGUUUACUCGAGGGAGAAAAACAUCACGAGAGAGAAUUGUUGCUGAUCUUCCAGAGCUUAGAAGUGAUCUUACUGCGGACCGCAAGCGACCUCUCUCAUUUCAGCGUGGUGGGCAUCACGGUCGUGAAGAAAAUGGUCACCAACCACAUGAAGCUUCUUCAGUCGUCACUUAAUUCUGAAAACCAUAGGUUCGUUCGCCAGUGUCUUGGCCUCCUGUCCUCUAUGGUGUCCCAGGGAUCUGACAUGGCCAGAGAGGUUUUCAGCCACUUUCACUUUAACAAGAGCUUAUCUAAACUGACCCGCAGACGCGAUAAGAAGGGACAACCUGAUGUUCGCAUGGCCUAUAUACAGUUUGCUCUGUCUUUUCUGGUAUCAGGCGAUGGCUCCACUAUCGGACAUGUUCUUGAGAUGCAAGAUUUUCUGACUGACAUUUUAAGCACUGGGCUGAAGGAAGACAGAAUCUCCAUUAUCAACCUCAUUUUAUCUACGCUACAGACCAGAGUCAUUUGGAAUAAAGCCAUCAGUAAGACGCAGAAAGUCCGCUUCUUCACUCCUGCCAUUCUGGCUCAGAUCGCAUCUCUCUACAAAUGGGAUGGGAUUGCAGAUGUAAGACUGGAGGACAGCAAGGUGGGUGAGAAUCCCAAACAGGAUGGAAAGAUGGUGGUGCGAGAGCUGGUCCAUAAAUUCCUGAUCGACCUCUGCUGCUCUCGGAAACACGGGAUCAGCUUCUACGACCCCAGCUUCGGGACGGCAGGGAGGGCGGGGAAUGUGGUUCUUCUGCAGUUCCUGGUGGGACUGAAGCAGGCUACUGAGGACGAGCUGGUGAGGGACUUAGUGGUCAGCAUUCUCAGGGACAACCCCGACGUGCUGUCGAGGUACUUCAAGGAAACCCAAUACUCAUAUACCCCACGGCUCCGGAGCACCUGGCAGGAAAACGUCACUCUCCUCAAGAAGAUCUAUGAGGCGCAGCCAGAGGUGUCCCAGGCCUUCCGAACCCGUGAGUUUGUCCCGCUGCCCCGUCUGCUCGCCAUGGUGACGGUCACGUCACUGCCGCCUGUCUGCAACAAGGCCUUCUUCACCCAGGCCCUUAAUAUGUCCAACACAGUGGUGAAGCACACGGCUCUCUCGCUGGUGUCCUUCAUCUUGAGGCGUGCCCAGAAGAACAUUGAGCACUGUCUUGACCGAGCUGUGUGGCAAAGAUCGGAACUGUACACGGCAGCCGUGAUGGAGGACUUUGUGCAGCAGUAUAGGGAGGCCCUGAGCAAGGUCUUACCGGAUGUCAACAGCAUCAUUUCUAACUGGCAGUCCUUGGCAAAGAAGGAGAAGUGUGAAGGUGUGUUGAAAAGCGGAAGUCAAGAUAAGAGUAAGGAAGAGCCAGCUCUGGAGCCUCUCGGACACGGCUUUGACGACCCGGAGGCCACGGUUCUGAAGGCCCUCAUCCUGCGCGUCCUAUGCCUGUACCAGAAGGUGGCGCCCUUCCUCAUCAGCCAGAGCUCCUUUGACUUCAGCAAGCUCUUGAAAGGCAUCAUGUCAGAGAAGGAGGUCAAAGUUCCCCCGGUUCUGCAGCACCAGAUCCUCCAGCUGGCUCUGGACUUACCUGCUAACAAGUUCUCCUGGUUCCAAGUCCAGGAUGUUCCUGACGCCGGAAAGGCCGCUGGUGAGAAAUCCGUGUUCUACCUGCUGCUCAAGAUGUUCGUAGACAGCAGCAUCGGUGCCUUAAAAGACUCCACCAGGUUGCUGAUCUUGAAGGUGCUGAGGGACAGCGGCAUGUUUGAGUACACCUGGCGGGAGCUGGAGCUCUGGCUGGUCCAUCUGGACCGGCUGCCCAGGCCGCAGCAGGAAGCCGUCGUCCGCUUCCUGGAGACCGUGCUGGUGCGGCUCACCUCCAGCCCGUACAGCUACACGGACAAGGCGGCGAGCGUGGUUCAGGAUGCGGCCUCCCUGCAGGCCAGCCUGGGUGCCCAGGAGGGCGAUGCUGCCAGCAUCCCCAUCUCGCACAUCGACGAUGCUUUGGACAUGAUGGACGUGAUGCUGGAGGGCGCUGAGGGUGAGGUGGACCAGCUGGGGCCGUCCCUCACUGAUGACCUCAUCCUGCAGACGUUCCCCUUCAGCGCGCUGGUGCCCGCCGCUCUGGAGACCAGGAACAGCCUCCCGCCAGCUUCCGCAGAGGAAAGAGGCGUGCUGUUUGUGUAUCUGGCUGCCGUCCUGUCCGACGUGCUGCAUUCCCAGAGAGACCCCCUACCCCUCUGCCUGGCCCUGCAGCAGUACGACAAGCUGCUUUCUGGAAGCCCUCACCCUGCUCUGCUCGCCUUCCACAGCUACUACACUCGCUGGCUUCCUCCACAGGCUAAAGAAAAUCUGUUUAAGUCCACGACGGUCUCCCGUCCCAAUGAGUCGGGUUUCGACGGCACCUUCGCGGAGGUGAUGAAGAAGGCCUUCUGUGAUGGGCCCGACGCCUGGCUGAGGAGCUCUUUCGCGGACAGCCUGAAGGAGGCGCUGUUGGGUCUUGGGGUGGCCGAAUUCCCCGUGGCUGCCAAGCAAGUCCUGCUUUAUCUGAAAACCUCAGUGGAGACGUUUGGCAGGACGUCCAAAGAUGCAGUGCUGGGCUGCCUCCUGAAGGUGCUGGGUGCGCUGGUGGAAAGACUUCAGGCCGUGGAGGACACGGCCGACACUGAAGCCAUCGACUCCGUGGGGGAGUCGGACCUGUUCCUGGAGACGGACGAGGCCGCCAGGGAGCGAGUCGACAAGGAUCAGGUGCUGCUCUGUGUGCUGCAGUCUAUCUUGCAGCACCCUACCCUUCAGUCCUGGUUCCUGGCUCUGGAGUUGGGUUCCUUGCCGGCUCACAAUCUGGACCCGGUCCGGGUGAAACUGGUCUGCAGACAGCUCACCGAGGGGGUUCUGGCCUUGCUGGUGCGCUGUGGCCCGACUCUCAGGGACCUGGGUUCUCUGGAGCUGAUGGCGGGGUACCUGGAAGCAGUCCGGGGGGCCCUGCUGAGGGAACUGAGCCGCAAGGCCAGGAAGACAGUUCUGCAGGCCUCGUGGCCGCUGAAGGGGCUGCUGGCGCUUCACGGGUACAUGGAGGCAGCAGGCCUGAAGGAGGUGCUGUCCAGCCUGAUGCUCCUCCCCCCGGAGAGGCUGUUGGCCAGUAAGAGCGAGGGGGCGGAGCUAAGUGUCUACGGGCAGGCCGCCGUGAGCAUCCUUUCUGAAGGAGCUGGUGACUGUGCCCCCCUCCUGUCGCAGGCCCACCUGCGUGCCCUGGCCUUCCUGCUAGCAUCCUCUCCCAGAGGCAGUAUUGCUGACCUCCUGCUGGGGGCGCUAUGCAGGGAGCCUCAGGCAGCAGCUCUGCUCCCGGGUGACCUGCUGCUACACUGCCUGGACUGGGGCGACCCGGCGGGCCUUGCCAUUGGAAUGGCCAUGCUCCGCAGCUGUGCUGCCCACCGGCUCCGGUUUGAGCUGUGGUGCCUGGAGCCCGCUAACCUGGAGCGGCUCUCGGGGGCCAUGGAGAGCUUCCUCCCGCUCCUCAACACAUACCUGACUGCUGCGAGCUCCGACGACCCGGCCAGACCCAAAGGAGUGCACACGGCUGUCCUCCGAUCCUUGAAGGCGGCCCUCCUUCCUGGCCUGGUUGAAUCUGUGCUCUCCGACACAGCGUGUGACUCCCUGCCUGCCUGCACAGAGGCCCUCAGCAGCCUCGUCAGACAGACCACAAAGGAGACAGAGCUUGCUGACCUCAUCCACCGCCUACCUGGCGUCCUGGAGCGGGCAGCCGGGUGCGAAAGGUGGCAGCUUGUGAGCUCCAUCAGCGACAUGCUGGCCGGUUCCCCGGAGCAGGUGGCCUCCUGGAGGAAGACCUUGCUCUCCUCUGCCCUCCAGUGGCUGAGCGCAAGGUUCAGGAGCGCCAAGGAGCGAGAGCAGGAUGGAGAGGAGGCGGCCAUGCUGCUCAGAGUGCAGGAGCUGCUGACUUCAGCAGAGCAGCUGAUUCUUCCAGACUGGAACAGUUUCAUCAAGGCUGGAUUGAAACACCGCUACAGCAGCUCAGCCUUCCUGGAGACCCUGAGCAACCUGCUGGGUCGGGUUUAUGAAGCUGACCAUGUCCCCGCUGACCUGCUCGCCUUACCCACCCUGCAUAUGAUGAUCACAAGCCAUUCUCUCUUCCUGCCAUCGAUGCUGGAUGAGCAGCAUGCAUCCGGGGGAGGCUCUUCGGUGAAAGAGUUGCUGGUGUCACUCCUCCUCACUCUGGUGCAGAAGUGUCCCUCCGUCUGUCACAGCAGUCACUUCGUGGUCCUGCUCGGAGCUUACGGCGCGACCCUGAGUACUACAGAUCAGAGGAUUUUGCUGCUGCUGCGGCAGUACGAGAAGAACGGCGUGAGUCUGGCUCAGUCUCAGUGCCUCCUGUGGGGCCCCGCGGCUGUGGAGCACCACAAGGCCUGUAAGAGCCUGGGGCCGUCCCUGUGGCAGCAGCCCAGCGGGGAGGGCCUCUUGGCCCUGCUGGAGCCAGACAGGAUGCUCAGCACUGUGGCACAUUUCCCCCAGAAUCGCCGCAUCAUCCCCUCGGAGGCCAAGGAGCUGAUUUACCGGGAGGAGGGUGCCGGCGACCUGGGGAGGGUCUAUGACCCCGGUUUCCUGCUGCCCCUCUUCAGCAUGCUGCUUAAGCCUGAGUCUGUGGUCAACUGCCACAAGUUUGUGUCCAGCCACGCCCUAGGCGUAACGGUGGCAGCACUCAGCAGCUACGACGCCAAGCUCAGGGCUGCCGCCUACCAAGUUCUGGGCUCCUUCUACCACCACCUGGAGGCUGGGCGCUUCGCAGGGAAGAGGCAGCUGCUGUACCUGAUGGAUACCGUGAGGAAUGGCAUCCGGCAGGAGAACCUCAGAGUCCCCUUCCUGCUCACCACCUACGUGGCCAAGGUGGCACAGCAGAUGCUGAAACCUGAGGAGCACAUGUACAUGGUGAUCAACAAGUUCCUGCUUGCCCACCAAGACCUGGACUUGAAGAGGGUUCCGGCAUUCUUCAGGUUUUUCUACAGCUUCGACUUGGAGCACAAGGCUGAGCGCGAGUGGCUGAUCGGCGUCAUGCGCGAGGGCAUGAAGGACCGUCACUGCUACGAGGUCUGCGAGCAGCAGGGCAUCUUCCAGGUGUUGCUGGGCUUCUGUGCCAGUCCGCUGUGCGACGGCGCCACCCAGGUUCUGAUCCUGGACGUGCUCCAGCAAACUGCCCAUGUAACCAAAGCCGCCUAUGAGCUCAUCAACAUUCACGGCCUUCUGACGUGGAUUCUGCAGCUAAUUGAGACCAGGUGCCUGGACGGCCAGCUGCUGUGUAUAGCAAUUGACCUGGUCCACAGGCUCUGGUUCACCAACCUGGGGAAGAAGGAGAACCGGGUGCCCGGGGGCGGUCAGCCGGCCAAGUGCCUGCCCCUCCCGCUCAUCGGCGAGUUCCUGUGUGUGUUGAUGGCCCUGGUCAGGCACCUACACGGCACAGUGAAGACCCCUCAGCUGUUCCGCUUCCUCGAGGCACUGGCCUCCAUCCUCAGGCACCGUGAGAGGGCACUGGGCGUCUGCCGUGCCGCCGGCUGGGCCACCGCGUGCGAGCAGCCGCUACCCUGCACCGCCGCCCUAGCGCUGCUGCACUGCUGGGCCUCGCUUUCCCGCGAUGCGCCGCUCCGUUCCGACCUGCAGGGGGUGCUGGAGCGCUGCAAGGUGAAGGAGCUGCUGGGAAUCGCGAGGGAACGGGGGAGGAGUAAAGGUCACCUACAGCGGGGUCGCCCCCGCGUGGAGAAAGCUGCCGAGGAAGAGGAGGGAGGGGGGGCUGGGGUCGAGCAGGAGAGAGCCUCCCUUUCGGACUGCGACCCCCUGCUCAGGGACGUGUUUGUCCACAUGUCUAUGUGCACCCCUGAGGACGGUGACCCCGACGCCGCCGUUCUGGCCGCUGACGCGGCACGGCUGCUCCUCCGGUGGAUGCUGAGGUCGCUGGUGGCCGGGUCGGCUGACCCUGAGGCCGUGUCACGCUUCCUGUGCUGGGUGCAGGCCUCCGUGCUCCGGCGCGAAUCGUCAGUAGCGGCGGUGCUCGCAGAGGAAGCGGUGAGGCGGGACUUCCUGAGGCUGUACCACCGGGCCUGCGAGCCGCCGCCCACUUCCCAGGACCCUGCCCGUCUGGAGACCCUCAGGCUGUUCACCGACGUCAUGCUACGCCUGCUCCAGGUCCGGGGCGUUCCCGAAGGAGACCUGCAUCGCACCGUGCUCUCAGCUUGUCUGUCCACGGCCGAAGACGAUGCUUCCAGAAGUGAGGCCGGCCUCCUGCUGCUCUCGCUGUACGUGCGGGAGCUGUGGGCCGGCGCCGACCCGCCGGGCCUCUUCCUGUGUCACGUGCAGCUGGUGGCUGGGCUGCCGCAGCAGGGGCUGAGGAGGCGCAGCGUGACUCAGGCGCCCGUCACAGCGCUGUGUCGGCAGAUCUCCUCUGCGGCGGCUCCUGGGCCAUGAUGAGGCCUCAGACCAGGUUUAUACCAGAGAAUGGGACUUUUUUUUAAUUCAUGAUAUCAAUUAUUAUUUUAAAAAUUUUUCAUUUGUUUUUGUCAUGUUUUUGUUGCAUAUUUUUCAGUUAUUUAAAGUGUAUUUGUAAAUUGUGUAAAAUAUGCUCUUUUUAUAUAUUCUGAAUGAAUACACACACUGAAGGUAA